AUGGACGACGACGACAUCCUCGAGGUCGAUAGCCCCAUGGAGCCUGCCGUCGAUCUAGACGAGGACGAGGACGAAGAGAUGCCCACACUUUCCCUCGAUGGAGCUGCCGGAGCUACCUCGCAACCUGCCAAGAAGCCACGGACAGAGAACCGUCAUCUCCAGCUCGACUACCCGCAGAGUCUUCCAUACGUGUGCGAGACGCUCGACGAGUUCGACGCCCGCCUCGACCACAUCAUUCGCCGUCUCGUCGACUGCGUCCGCGCCAAAGACUACGACAUCGGCCUCGUGCAGUGGAAUCACCGCUUGCAGUGCCUUCUUUCGCUCAAGUACCCUCUCCUUCGCAAGACGAGGGCACGCCUCGCUCGCUUCUACUACCACCUCGCGGUGCUUCCAGGACUCAACACACGAUGUAUCGAGCUCGCCGCCAACAUGUGCAUCACCUUGAUAGAGAACAAGAAGAAGUGCGACAUUCGCGACCUCGUCCUGCCAUGGAAGCCCCUCUACGCCAUUCUCGACAAGGAACUCUUCCCCAAGCGUCGCAGAACCGGCCUCACCAACAUCUCGGACGUCCUCCUCGACCUUGCAGAGACUGCGCAGCGCUUCUUCCCCGCUAGCGACGCCGACGACAUGCUUCGCACCUUCCUGCCAAAGAUGGACGGCUCCAACCUCAACUCGGUCAUCGCAACACAGGCGUUCCUCGUUCACUUUUUGCCCAUCAGCCAUCCACAGCGAUGGCUCCCAGCCAUGUUCCGUCUCUGGGAGAGCUUCAAUUCGUCCCUCUUCGACGACCAGAUGCUCGACCUCCUCGCACGCCUCGCAGAGAUGCACGUCACCGACCCUUCCAUCAGCUCCACAUCCGCCGCACGCAAGGCAAGCCUCUUGGCCGAAUCUACUCUGCGUUCCGAGGCGCAGGCUGUCAGCGAUGUUUCUGCCAACGGCAACACGCAAGCCGAGGCUAGCACGAACAACGCCGAAGCGACCAAGUCGCCUGAUCCAGGUAGCUCGACACCCCCUUCGGGCACAGAGAGCCCUUCGGCAAGCGUCGGUCUCUUCAGCGACAUUGGCAUCUUCACCGAGCAGCAGUUCUCGCUCAUCAUGACAAAGUGUCUCAAGUCCGCCGGCCUCCCCGUCGGCUCCAGCAAGGCCGCCAACGCUGCCCUCAUGGCCCAGUCCGCCAGCGUGCGCAGCGGUCCCGACGCCGCUGCCUCCGGUGCCACGCUCAAGAUGAAGAAGCCCACAGACCGCCUUCGCUCCUUUGCCGUCAUCAUCGCCUACUCGAUCUCCAAAGACGGACCCAGCCCCCCUGAGGUCGCCUCGGCCUCCUACGUACCCACUCCCACCGGCGCUUCUUCGCCCGGUGUAGCCAAGCCCGUCACCACGUAUCCUGCCGGCUCCAAGGCUCUCGACCAUCUGGCCAAAUUUGUCCAGGCCACCGAGAGCUACUUCCAUCCCUCCAACUGGGGCUUGUGGCAGAUCUCGCUCUCCAAUCUGGUUCAGCAGAUCAUGUUCGAGUUCCUCAAGCGCGCAAAGGAAGAGGAGAGGCCACAGUGCAAGACGCCUCAUCAGUAUCGUCUCACCGACGACAUCAAGACCGAGAUCGUCUCGAUCCUCCGCACCGUCUGCCUCCUCUCCAUGUUUUCCAAGGGCCCGCUCGCCAUCGCUUCGUCACAGGCGAGCUUGAAGCGCAUGGCCAUCCUCGCUCCCGAGCUCGUCAUCCCUGCCGUGCUCGACCGCGCCUUCAACUCGCUCGAGGCUCUCGAGACCACCCACCGCACCAAUGCCGUCAUCACCGCGCUCUCCACUCUCGCGCCCGUCUUCACCUCACGUCAGCUCGACCGUUCCGGUGGAAAGCAUCUCCUUCCGCUCCUCCAGCUCUGCAUCCCCGGCAUCGACCUCAACGACCCCAUGAAGACCAUGAGCACCUGCAUGUUCGUCCUCCUUUCCACCCUUUCGCUUCGCAUCGAUGACCUCACCAGGCCAGAGACUUAUGCAGAUGAUCACGAGACCAUCGAACCCCUUCCCGAUCAGCCUAGCCUGGGGCCAGCGAGGCGCGAGGCUGUGACCGGCUCGCUCGAGGACGCAGAGCCCGCGUCGCCCCAGCAGGAAGAUGAUCAGCUGCGCAUCAGCACCGCCGAAUUCGAUCCAUGGCUCUCCGCUUUCUUCCAGAGGGUCCUCUCCCUGUUUGAAACGCUUCCAGAGGAGGGCAAAGGCGGACGCACAGGCGGCAAGGCCGAAGAGCAAGUCAUCAACAUGGUCAUGGCCGCUUCAGAUGGUCUUUGCCGAGCCAUGAGCCCGUACCUGCUAGAGAAGUCAUUCGCCAAGAUUGCCGACUACUGCGCAAACACCGUUUCGGCCACCUCGGUGCGCGUCAUCGGCUCCUUGGUCGGUUGCUUUGCCCGUGCAGACGGAAGGAUGGUGCUCAAGAGGCUCUUGCCGCAGUGCAUUGCAAACAUUCGUGCCGAGAUCGCCAACGGUGCCAGCUCCACGCGGACGACGAGCACGAGCAUACCUGCUCCCAGCGAUGCCACGCUGCACUGGAACUUGAGCGUCUUGACCGGUGCCGUGACCGGCCCUGGCGAUCACCUCUUGGAGUUCAAGGACGACCUCAUCGGCGUCCUUCGACUCGUCAUCGAGCAUUGCAAGAGCGAACGAGGCUACUCUUUCGGUGCCAAGCUCGUGCAAAAGAUGAUCGCCUCGCUCACCUCCCUCUAUCCGAGCGAACAGCGCUUUGUCAACCAGGAGAUCUGGGAGAGCGAUGACUUUGCUCGUCACUCGCACCUCUUCUGGGGCAAGAUGUACGACGAGAAGGCGGUCAAGAUGAAUUGGCAUGUCCCUACCCAGCCAGAGAUCGAUAUGGCACUCGAGCUCGUCGACGAGCUGGUAUUGCCGGCGCUGACCAAGGUGGAGGCCCUGCAAGCUGAAGGUCAGACGCGCGACAAGGCGUGGUCCAACGACUUCUGCCGCUACCUCAUGGUGGUCAGGAUGGGUCUAAUCGGCAUGCCUACCCUCAUCCAGGAGGACGACGUGGGCGGCGGCGAGCCUCUCAUGGACCUGGGCGACGAGGUGCCCGAGUUUAUCGAGAUUCCCCCACGCUUCAAGUCGUUCUUCUGCCUCACCGACCGCCAAGAUGCACGCUACCAGAAGGUCGCCGCUUUCAAGCAGCGCUGCGGUCAAGUCCUGCGUCUUUCCGCUCAGAGCACGCAGGCUUCGGGUGCAGAGGAUCAGAUCGACUGCGUCAAGAUGCUGAUCCGCACCAUUCGAUCCUAUCUCACCUGCUACAGCUACAACGGCGAGGAUUACAAGGCGCAUAUGCGCUCCCUUGGCUUCUUCCGCAACAUCGCCAAGCUCCAUGCGAAGCAGAAGGAGUUCCCGCGUGUGCUCUUCAUCCGCCGGUCUGCGUUCUACAACACCAGCCGGGCUCGACUGAACAGCUUCCAUCGCAAGAGGACGCCGCUCACCGAUCAGCUCAUCCUGCAGAUGCUCGACUUUUGCAUGUCCAACUACGUCGGCAUCCGCCAGACUGCGCAGAACACGCUCGACACCAUCGGCGGCGUCUACGACGGCACGUGGAUCCUGUGCCUGCCAAAGCUGAUCGAAGCAAUCCAGCCGGGCGUGCCCGAUGACCGGAUGAAGGGCGCCCUGUACGUGCUCGGAAGCAAAGGAGCCUCGUAUCUGUGCAUCACGGAUGCGCGCUUCAGCACAGAGUACAUCAUGAGCCUGCUUUCGGCGCAGCAUCACUCCAAGCCUUCGAUCCAGAAGCUUGUGCGCGGCAUCAUCAACGACUUUAUCAUCCGCUUCGCCGAGCCAUCGACGCUGACCAACAAGGUCGACUCUUCUGCGCUCGACGAGGCUGCCAAAGCUCUUGAGCGUGCGCUGCCUCCGCAUCUGCAGGCUCCCGAUGCAGACCUCGUCAAGGCAGUCGCGGCCAAGCGAGCUCUGCGCCUCGAGAGGGUUGACCAGAUGCACAAGGAGCUGACUGGCAAGGCGCUCGAGUUUGCCAGCAGCGAAACGACGCACUGGGCGUUCUCCAUCUUUGCGGCACGUCUUCUCAGGGCGCUGGUGCGCAAGGACCGGCCAAUGGACGAAGGCGCGGCAAAAUAUCUCGCCGAGCAGACGAUCUCGGAGAAUCCCAAGAUGCGCCACUGCGCUCAGGCUGCCAUCACCAAGGUCCUAUACUACGUCAAGCUGCGCACGCUUGCGCCUACGGACGAGGAUCUGCUGGUGGGACAGACCAAGAAUCCGCUCAAGCACUCGGAGAAGCUGCCCACGCCCGUGUCGGCAGAGUGGACGCAGCAGUACAUUGCGUCGUUCGCCGAGCCGCUGACACCGACGAGCAAGCUGCGUGACAAGCCGUCGCAAGGCUGGCUCGUGUGGGGCGAAGAAGAGAACUUCUAUGACCCACCGCCCGCGGAAGGGACCGUGUUUGACUGGGAUUCGGCCUCGCAGCCGGCGGUCGAAGCUGUGCGUGCUGCGAUCGCGCAGGACUCGUGGUGGCAAUCGUUCUGCCGACAUCUGUCGCAAGAGAGGGAGCGCGACUAUCCCGGCAGCGACUCGGUCAAUCUGAUCAAGUCGAUGUUCCAGAUUUACGGCGUCGAUCUGCUUCCAUUCGUGAAGACGACGGUGGAGAACUUCAUUGCCGAAAAGGACCGACACCGACACCGUGCUGCGUCCGAGCUGAUCUGUGGCAUCUACCGCGGCUCGAAGCACUGGAACAUGAAAGACCAGGGGACGCUGUGGACGUGGCUGGAAAGCCUGCUGCCCAAGAUCUUUGACGGCUGCACACCCGACAGCCAGCCCGCAUGGCAGUCGUGCAUCGAGUACAUGCUCCAGGCGCGCGAUCCGCGCCGAGCGCGUCCGUUGGUGAUGUACAUCGUGCAAGCCGCGCGCGACAACAUCGGCAAGGAGAACAACAACGCAAGUCCGUGGGAGCAGGCCAAGACGCAAAAUCUUCUGCGUGGAGCGCUGAUCUCGAUGAAUCUGCAAUUUGCGCCGUUUGGCGCCGACGAGUUCAUCCGGAUCUACUCGGAGAACUUUGACAAUCACUUCCAGGAGGUGCGUAGCGUCAUCAGCGAGAGCCUGGCGGAUCUGGAGCUGCUCCAGGUGAAUCCGUCGUUUGGCAACGUCGAGAUGAUGCUCGAUGUGUGCAGUUCGGGACAGGGCUCGUUGCUGUCGCGGCCUGAGCUGUACAACGGGCGACUCGAGACGCUGUCGCAGCAGCUCAAGCAGUGGCGGACGGAGCGCAAGCCCACGGCCGAGGGCACGUCGCAGUACGACCGUGCGGCUACGACGGCGCUGCUGUGGAUCUCGACGACGAUGGGAGAUCAUCGCAACAGCGCGCUGGCGGGCGAGGUGAUCAAGUACAUUCCCGACAUCUUUGCGAUGCUCGAGCUGCACGACAACAAGGAGCUCUCGGCGCUGGCACGCGCGGUGCUGACCAAGAUUUCGACGUAUCCGUUCACGUCUGAAUACGCCGGGCGACUGAUUGACACGGUGCUGCAGGUGACGCGGUCGUCGGUGGAUUCGUGGCGCGCUCGGCUGGACUCGCUGCCGGUACUGCAGGUGAUCUACUUCCAGAACCUGUUCUACCUCAACGAGACGCUGGUGCAGUCGAUCGUCGAGCUGCUGCUGGAGCUGCUCAGCGACCGACACCUCGAGGUGCGUGAGAUGGCAGCGGAUACUCUCUCGGGUAUCGUACGAUGCUCGCAGAGGAGGCUCAUCAAGACGCUCAAGAACCGAUUUACAAAGACGGUCGCGACGACGGUGGUGCCCAAGCGCGGCCAGCCAGGAUACGACCAGCAGCUGCUGGCGCUGCAUUCGGGCAUUCUGGGCGCGUCGGCGCUGCUGGCUGCGUUUCCGUACGAGGUGCCCGACUGGAUGCCGAGCUUGAUUGUCGAGACUGUGGCUCAGCAUACCGACGACGCGGUGCCGAUCUCGACGACGGUGCGCAAGUGCGCAGCCGACUUCAAGCGCACGCACCAAGACACGUGGUCGGAAGACCAGCACAAGUUCGGCGACCUCCUGCCCGAGGUGAACGACUUUACCCUCGGCCGAUCCGACUACUUUGCAUAA